AAACUUUAUAUUUCGUUUCACAUUUAUAACUAAAGAAAAAAUUAAAUCUUUUUAAAAUGUAUAAACGAUACAUUGAGCCCGUUAUGGAAACAGCACAAGAAAUUGUUCUGCCUUCUACUGCAGAUGUCUCUGACGAAAAAUCGCAGCCUAAAAAAAAGGAUGUGAGGGACUAUCCUAACUAUGUUAUACCGCCUUAUACUAUCACUCCAUUGAUGUCAUUCAACGAUGAUAUUGUAAAUAUGCGUUUGUCCUUAAGACGUAAUGCACUUCUCUCAGAACAUUGGAAUGCAUACCUGUGUACAAAACCACCACCAACUGCACGUUUUCAGCUGUACAGAGAGAUCCUAAAUAAGAGCAGAAAUCCCCUACCUCGUAGAUUUUCAUCUUGGAAACUCGAGUACAAAUCUCAGCUGUAA